GAAAAGUAUUGCUGUUAAUGCGAAAACUUUAAUAUUUGAUGGAUUGAUCAGCGAAAACCAUCCCACGGAUGUAAAGAAUAUGGCUGAUCACGCUCUUGUCUUUAUGUUUACUUCUCUUGCUGAUAAUUUUCAACAGCCAAUGGCUAUUUUUGGUUGUGUUGGAGCUACUAAGGGACGAGUGUUAGCUCAGUUAACAUUACAAGCGAUAAUAUUCCUAGAAGAAGUAGGUGCUCGUGUUCAUGGCAUUAUUUGCGAUGGUGCUACUACUAACAGAAAGAUGUGGGACGAAUUUGGCAUUUCUGGAAAAAUUCAAAAUACUAGCUCUCAAGGGCAAGUUUAUAAACUGGACUUAUUACAAAUUAUUAUACGAAGAAGAUUCUAA